AUGAACAGGCUCUUUGGAACUAAGAGUUCCGUUCCAAAGCCUUCUUUAAAUGAUGCAGUGAAGAAUAUUGACGAAAGAAUAGGAACGUUCGAUGUCAAAUUAUCUAAGAUUAAUGCUGAGCUAUCAACGUAUCAACAAAAGAUAAGCAGGAUGAGGGACGGUCCUGGUAAAUCUGCUCUUAAACAGAAAGCUUUGAAACUUUUACGUCAGAGAAAGCAGAUUGAAGCACAAAAGGACCAGUUAGAGAACCAGUCUUGGAAUAUGACUCAAGCAUCGAUGACCACUGACAACUUAAAGAACACAAUGAUAACUGUUGAUGCCAUGAAAACCACGAAUAAAGAACUCAAGAAGACUUAUGGAAAAAUUGAUAUUAAUAAAAUAGAAGAUCUACAAGAUGAGAUGUUAGAUCUUAUUGAUAAAUCUAAUGAACUCCAGGAAUCUCUCCUGACUACGUACGACGUUCCAGACGAUAUUAGUGAGUCUGAAUUAGAUGCUGAAUUAGAUGCUUUGGGUGAAGAAAUGGAUUUUGAAAAUGAAAUAGGUGAAGGAGAUCUCGGGGCACCAAGUUAUUUGAAUGAAAAUCAACCUGUAGGAAACGAUAAGUUACCCACUUUUAUUGAUGAGCCAGAAGAAAAUGCAAAAGAAAUCGCCAGUUGA